UAUUUACAAAUAUAUAAAGAUGGAAAGAUUGAAAUUAACAUUAAAUAGUGCAGAGUCGAAAGAUGUAUUCAGAGCUCUUAUGGAACUAAGAAACCAGUGUAAACGAGGUGGGGUUGGUCCCCUUGUACAAGGCAAACUUCUGGACCACCUACUGCCUCUGCUCAAUAGGACAAAUACUAAAAUAAUAGAUCUCAGUUUGAGUAUAAUAGCAAACCUACUGCUUGAUGGAGGAGCCAGAACACAAUUCAGAACUGGGGGAGGAGUUACUAAGCUUGUGAAGAUUAUCAACAAUAUUGAAGAACCAGACAUACUCAGGAGAGGGUUUAGAGCUGUAGCUAACGCUAGUUUGGAUCCUAAACUUUGUAGAUUAUUCCAUCAGAAUGGAUUAGCUUCAACUCUUGGUAAACGACUCCAGUGCAGUAGUGAUGAGAACACAUUGAUAGUUCUGGUUAGAUGUGUUAGAAUAGUAGCCGACUCAGUACAGUACAGAACCUGGUUGUUUGAGGAGAAUAUCUAUGAAAAACUGGGAUUAUUAAUGCUGGAUCAAGGUUCGGGUUCAGGUUCAGGUUCAAAUUCAACUGUAGAAGAGGAGAAGAAUACGAAGUCUGAGUUGACACAAACCCUUCUAAAGACAAUUGCUAAGCUGACCCACGGAGCCAGUGUAGAGCAAGCAGAAAAAAUAAUGCCUGCUGCAGCUGUAAUUGCUGAACUUAGCAAAAAUAUUCAUAGGGAUAUUUGGGAGAAUAGUUUAAUGAUACUAGUAAACCUUUCUCAACAUUCAACUCUACGACCCAGUCUAGGAAAUGCAGGUGGAGUUGGUUGUUUGAUAGAUAAGUUUAAUUCUGGAGAUUUAUCUAGUAAAGAAACUGGUCAUGUUAUCACUGCUUUAUGCCUGUACUGCAGAGAGAGUGUAAACAGGGUUAAACUCCGUGAACUGGGUGGAUGUAAAGUACUUGUAUCUAUUCUAGAAAAUAAUCUUACUCAUCUUCAUAACAGGGUGGUAAACUCUCUUCUUCAGUUUAUGUAUGACAACCACAGUCUGAAUGUCUUCAUGUCUGUUGGGCUCAUCUACAGCCUUGUCAGGUUUAUAGAACAGCAGAAUAUUGUCCUUAAAGGAACUUCCAAUUGUUCUAAAAAGUCUGCAGGUGAACAAGAGGUUGCUGAAGAUGUAAUUAAGGAGAUAAAAUCUGCUUCUGAUGAAACUGGAGAACCUGCAAAAUGUUCUGAUUAUAAGAAAAUAGAUUUUGAGGAAGUUAAGUUUGAAGAGAAAGUAAAAGAUCCAGAUCUCAAGGAAAGGGGGGAGGAGAAGGCUAAGAAACCUACUGAACCAGUGUUUAGGAUUAACUCCCCCUCCUACCAGGCGGUUCAAUACGAGCUAGAGCAGUUCCUACAGAUGAGAGAUACUCAUGGUUCAGCUAGUCCUCGAUCAGGUUUACCAGACUACAGUCCUGCUUCUCCUUCCAGUCUUCUCCAGUCCCCGGAUAGAUCUCCGUUAUAUUUGUCCUGCGGGUAUUCUCCGGAUAGAUCCGUCCUGUCUCCUGAUGUAUCAGGGUUCAGUUCUCCAACAUAUCCUAGAUCUCCAUCCCCUACAUUCCGUCUUCAACCCGACUUCUGUCCUCCCUCUAGUCCUCCCCUCUCUCCACCAGAGGCAAGCUAUUCACCUCCUCAUCCUUCCUCCUUCUCCCCUCCACAUUCUACAUAUUCUCCACCUCUACCUUCCUCUUCUCAUUCUCAUAUGUCUCCUCAACAUCCUUCCUACUCUCCUAUUGAAACAUUCUCAGAUGAUGAAUCUGAACCCUCGGUUCUUGAACCGUCUCCAUCUACAGAAACCAACCUCCCCGCAGAAGAAACUAAAGACGUGGAGAAAACAUCAGGUAUCCCUGAAACUACAGAACUACCGGAGAGUCAGGGUAGUUCUGUUAGAAACCCUCCGGACGACUUCUCUACCCCUUCAGACAAAAAGAUAAAACUCUCCGGUCCUGAACUCCCCGUGUAUAAGUACUCCGCUUCACCGAUCACGUCGCAAUUUAUCCAGAAAAUAAUCCUUCCUCCUUCCUUCCAGGAAGAGCCUCGAAUGGUAUCUGAGAGUAGAGAGGAUGUGGAGGUUAAGGAGAAGGUUACUCCGGACUGUGAGAGGUUGGAUUGGAUUCUACAAAUACUUUCCCGGCUCACCCAGGCAGAUAGACCUCAUGAGGAUCUAACCUCCACUAGGACGCUGAGCUGUCUAAUAACAUUGAUGAGAUUGGAUUCAGAUAGUCUAGGACGGGUCACAAGGAUACUCACUAGACUCUCAAGUAACCUUUACUGUAUGUUCCCGUUCCUGCUCCAGAGACAUGCGUCCUGGAUAAUGUUACAGAUAGAACAGGUUGGGGAGGGUACCUGCUGUAAGACCUGUAAGGAGCACGACCUGAACGUGAUGAAAACAAUGAGGGAGGUGCUGCACAACCUCACACUCCUUACUGAGACGGGGUACGGGGAAGGGGAGAUCUGCCAUAGGCUGGUCAACCCUACCUUCAGUCAGGCUGAUAAACAGAAUAUAUCUGUAUCUGCUACUCUGCUUGUUAAACAAAGAAGAAAACUGCAGAAUAUUCUGAUAAACCAUGACAGUUUAGAAACAUUACUGGAUAUAGUAGAACAGGAAAAAGGAGAUUUGUUGAGAGAUGCUGUUCUCUCCCUCUCUGUAGUUGCCGGUCAUCUUGGUAUAGUUUCUCCGAUGCUAACUUUGGUUCCAGAGGAGAAAACACCUUGCUCCAGAACUGGGAGCUUGGAAGCUGAAGAUCUAGUUCUAGUUCUAGAUGAUAAAUCUGAGAUAGAAGUAGGACGAGAGUUUAUCAGCUCCGCCUCUCCUGUAUUCGCAGCUAUGCUUGGAGGAGGGUUUAAGGAGUCAACUAAAUCCAGGUAUUUAUUAAUCUAA